GGACGAGUUCGUGCAAGUGUCCACACUUGUGGUUACUUUUCGCUGUACGUCAGGCAAUUAAGGAAAGUUACGCUGCUGUAUACGGCGUGGGCAUGUGUUGCAUUUGAGAAGAGACGGAGUUGAAUGCGCAGGGUUGCAGAGAAAAAGGACAGAGUGAAAACGGAACAAGACCACUCGACACACCAUGAAGAAAGAAGACUAUGAUAAUCAGAGUCUGAAUGAAGUUGGGGCUAUGCUCUGCAUGUCUGGCAGUAAUUAUGGCAGCAAAGGGAAGAGGAUUAAGGUGCUAUCCCAUCCAGGGUUUCCAUUAGUGGGAUUGAUGUUGUUGGCCACCCUCCCUUUUGGAGCAAGCAUCAAACAAACUGUCCCCAGGGUGAAACUCAGCCACAGAGAACUCCUGCAACCUGGCAGUGCAUCUCUAUUUUUGGGCCCCUCCGAUGGCCUCCACUCCCACUCACUGCUGCUGGAUGAGGAGAGAGGUCGUCUUCUGUUGGGAGCCAGGGAUCACAUCUACCUGCUUGACCCUGACAAUCUGGCCAGAGACCCCAGAAAGAUUCACUGGCCUGCUCCCCGGGACCGUGUUGACAUGUGCAAACUGGCAGGCAAAAAUGCAAAUUUGGAGUGUGCUAACUUUGUCAGGGUCCUCCACAACUACAAUCGAACGCACGUCUAUGCCUGUGGGACCGGCUCAUUCCACCCAAACUGUGCUUUCAUUGAAAUCACUGGCCGCAGAGAGGAUGGCGUGUUCCAACUGCUGUCGAGUACAGUGGAGUCUGGCAGAUUGAAAUGUCCUUUUGAUCCCUUGCAGCCGUUCACCUCAGUCCUCACAGAUCAGUACCUGUAUGCGGGCACAUCAUCAGACUUCUUGGGCAAAGACACAACGUUCACACGAUCCCUCGGACCUCCACCUGACCAACACUACAUACGCACAGACAUGUCUGAAGAAUACUGGAUCAAUGAGGCCAGGUUUAUAUCUGCUCAUCCCAUCGCAGACACCUACAAUCCAGAUGAUGAUAAGAUAUAUUUCUUCUUCCGCGAGGUGUCGUGGGAAGGCAAUGACAAGAGCAUCCUGUCCCGAGUGGCUCGUGUGUGCAAGAAUGAUGUGGGUGGGCUGAGGAGUCUGACCAAUAAAUGGACCACCUUCCUAAAAAGCAGACUCGUGUGUUCUAUCCCUGGACCAGACGGAGUGGACACACACUUUGAUGAGCUUCAGGACAUCUUUCUGCUCCCUACCAGAGAUGAAAAAAACCCCAAAGUGUAUGCAGUCUUCACCACCUCCAGCUCAAUUUUCCGUGGCUCAGCAGUGUGUGUAUACAGCAUGGCAGAUAUAAGGGCCGUUUUUACCGGACCUUACGCCCACAAGGAAGGGCCCGACCACAGAUGGGUAGAAUACGAGGGAAGGAUACCGUAUCCUCGUCCUGGAACUUGUCCCAGCAAGACAUAUGAUCCAAGGAUCAAGACCACCAAGGACUUCCCAGAUGAUGUGGUCAGUUUCAUUCGAUUCCACCCUCUUAUGUAUCGCUCCGUCUACCCUCUGACUGGCCGACCUGUGUUCACACGCAUCCGAGUGGACUACACCCUGACGCAGAUCGUGGUGGACAGAGUUUUGGCCGAAGAUGGACAAUAUGAGGUCAUGUUUCUGGGAACAGAUGCCGGCUCAAUUCUGAAGGUGGUGAGCAUCACUCAGGAGAAUUGGUCAACAGAGGAAGUGGUGCUUGAAGAACUUCAAAUUUUCCAGGUUCCCACUCCAAUCCUCAGUAUGGAGAUGUCUUCUAAACAGCAACAGCUCUACGUGGGUUCAAGUGAAGGGCUAGCCCAGGUUUCACUCAGUAGAUGUCACCUCUAUGGCCAAGCCUGUGCUGAAUGCUGCCUGGCACGAGACCCCUACUGCGCCUGGGACGGACACACAUGUUCACAAUACGUCCCUGCAUCCAAGAGGCGAGCCAGAAGACAGGACAUCAAGCAUGGAGACCCUGCCAGUCAGUGCUGGGACACACAAGACGGUCUUGUUGGGAGACGGGUGGAGGAGAAGGUCCUCUAUGGGGUGCAGAACAAUUCUACUUUCCUAGAGUGUAUCCCCAAAUCUCAACAGGCUCAGAUCCGGUGGUACACACAGAGACUUGGAUCUGAACGCAGGGAAGAGGUCAGGCUGGAUGAUCGUGUCGUGCACACAGAUCGAGGUCUCCUGAUUCGUUCCCUCCAAACCUCUGAUGCUGGUGUGUAUGUCUGCGUGGCUCAAGAGCACACACACUUCACUCACACUCUCCUCCAUCUCAGGCUACAACUUGUUACGCAUGGACAACUGGAUGGGAAGCCCAAGCCCAGUGAAGAACCCGUGGUGGAGCUACGCCACGGUGUGGAGUCCCGCCAGCACUAUAAAGACUACCUGAGAGUGAUGAGCUCACCAUUUGGCUCUCUCGAAGAGUACUGCGAUUCACUGUGGCUGCAGAAGAGGCCGUCAAGGGUGCGAGGACGAGGCUUGGGAACUGGCAAAUGGAAACAUAUACAGGAAAUGAAGAAGAGCAGGAACAGGAGACAACACAGAGAGAGGGAGGAAGAGUGGGAAAAACAAGAGCGAGGGAGGGUGGUGAGGACAGCAAAGCAAUGAAGGAUGUGACAAAAAAAAGACAAAAAACAUUCAGGGUUAGCUGUCAAUACUACCGGUGAUGAAGCAGAACAUGACACAGAACUGCAACAUUGCAAUGAAAGAUCAAUUCAUGAGCAAGCAAAAUCUACGUCAGAGUUAAUUGGGCGUGAAAGACUAACCCUGAAAUAUACAGUUCAAGAGUUAAAAAAAUAAGUAGUGUUGACUACUUGAAUGGUCUGCAAACAUCUAUCCUGUUUGCAGAUGACAUGCCUUUUAAAAAAACAUCAGAGGCAGAAUAACGACAUUAUUACAAUGUGUAAAAUGUUCAUUUUGCAUAGUCAUCUAUCAACUUCUAUUUCAGACACAGUGCUACUGGAGAUAAACUGACCAGAUGAAGGAUUGCAACAUGACUGGUCUUUCCUACAGCUUUCACUGGCAAAAUAGUUUCCCCAACAGUCCAGACUGACGCGUAAUAGAGGUGAUCAUUUGAUGCUAUUGAAACAUAUGGUUGAACUAAGGAGAUUGAAAAAAAAAAAAAGAGUUUGCUUGUGGUGAUGACAAUGCAUUCAUGUUGAAUGACUGUAAAUAUUUAUAUACCAUGUACAGGAGAUACGGCAUGCUCAAUUUAGUCUUAUUACUGAUUUGUAUAACUAUGAUAAUCAUGUAUUAUGUUUGGGCUGACAAAAUGACAUAUUUUUGUACAAACGUUUAACUCGUAUAUACAGUACUGUAGGUUCAUUAGAUGUUUUCUUAAAAGUUAUUUAAAUAAAUUGUCUUGGAGACUCUGUGCCCUGAACUGCUUGCUUACUUUGUGUGAAGAGAUAAAACAAAUACACAAAAAAUCUAUUACUAUAAAAAUGCAGUUUCAGCCAGUCUCAAGCAAACAGCACACAGCUUUUGAUAAUGGGUUAGGGUUAGCUCAGCUGAGCCUCUCCUGAUAUAGCAGCACAAGUCCCUGUACACUGUAUGCAGAUGUCAGAAUGAUUCAGGACCAGCUGGUCCUUUGUUAGUGGUUGUGUGUGCGUGUGUGUGUGUGUGUGUGUGUGUGUGUGUGUGUGUGUGUGUGUGUGUGCGUGUGUGCGUGUGUGUGUUUGUAAAAGCGAGAGAGUUUUCAGAAGUUUGAUCCAACUAAGUAAUUUACAGGUUUCCUAGAAUAAACUGGUAAAGCUCCAAAUACAUUAACAUCAGUUUCAUGAGAAAUCAUGCAACCCAAUGUGUUUGACCUACAUAAUGAUGUAGAUAAUAUCAUACACAGUGCUUUGAUAUAAUGAUGACAACAAUAUUACAAAGAUUUCUCUGUGAAAGACAUGAGUCAUGUUUUAACUCAUUCAUAAGAGGUGGAGCUGCUGAAAUACUGCAGGUAUCACAGGGUACAAAUGUGUCCCACACUCAGGGGUGGGAGUAAUGAACUGUACUGUUACAUUACUGUAACUAAGUCAGGUUUUAUCAGUAUGUUUUGGAUUUUUUUUUUUUUAAACAUUAGUCAUUUUAUGUACCAUUUGAAUUGCUGUAAUCAGUUACCUGUGGUAACUUUGGAGGUCUUUACUUCUUAUUUCCCCUUCAGUGUUCAUGAUUGUUCCCGUCAGAGACCGUGUACAUGUGCACACAAACACCACACAUUAACUUUUUACUUAAGUACUUUACUGUCUUUAGUAUUGUAGCCUACUUUUCUAGAUUUGAAGUCAAGUAAAAACAAAAGUCACAUGAUACACUGAGAAUGGAAGCCGUAGGAGGGCAGUGUUCCGGUGAAACAAACAAAACAAAAAUAAUAAAUAAUUAGGAACAUUUGUUGUGUGGAUUUGAAAAUGAGGUCUCUGUGGUUGUUUGCGUAUAGUGACAUGCCAUUUAUAGCUUGAAUAUAUUCUUUUUUGGUAUAUCAUAUGUUACAUCUAUUAGAAUAUUUAAGCAUUUACAAUCACAUCAUUUUAUUUUGUAUUUUGAUUGUUACUUCUCGGGCAAAUACCAGUUGCCCCCAAUUCUUUCGGACACUAAUCCCUGCCCAUAUUAAUAUGAAGGCAUUGAAAAAUGUCAUAUUCUUCAAUAACCUUUUAAUUAUUUUACUGAUCUCAUAUAUAGACAUCCCCUAUUACACGACUAUUACUGUCUCUAUGGUGAAGACUUAACAUUUUAUUGCCUUGACUUUUACAGAAACCACCAUGCCUCUCAUGUCAUUGUGCGUAUUGUACUAGCCCUCCAUACGUAUGCACAUACGAACAAUAUUCAAGUCUCCCAAUUUGUGUUUCUCCACAGUGAUUUCUCUAUGUUUCUUGUAACAAAGACAAUAAAUAUUUCAAGCACUU